CCAGCCAGGGGGGAGGAGGCAGCCAGAGUGUUCUCUGCAGCAGAAGACCCCUUGCUGCCCUGCGUAACCCAGACCAGCAUUUGCCAGGUGAUGAAAAUGAAAAGCAUGUACUUUGUGGCUGGAUUGCUUUUAAUGAUUGUACAAAGCAGUUGGCAAAGUCCUCUUCAAGAAACAGAAGAGAAAUCCAGACAACAAGGAGUUGAAGAGAGAGAGAAAGAAAACCUUUUGGACCAGCUCUCAAGCAAUGGGCUCGCCAGGCGUCAUGCCGAAUAUGAGAGGCAUGCUGACGGCACCUAUACCAGUGACAUCAGCUCUUACUUGGAAGGUCAAGCUGCCAAGGAGUUCAUUGCUUGGCUUGUGAAUGGACGAGGAAGAAGAGAUUUCUCAGAAGGUGCUGCUACAGCUGAUGCCAUUGGCAGGAGACAUGCAGAUGGCACUUUCACCAGUGAUUACAACAAGCUCCUGGACGACAUGGCUGCACAAGAAUUCCUGAAGUGGCUGAUGAACUCAAAAGUGACCCAGAGGGAUCUGUUGGCAGAAUACCAAUAAGAUGCAGAAUAAGCACAGCAUAAAUCAAGGUCUUCACUACGUCAUCUACCAGCCAUUGGGGAAUUUUGAAACAUACAUUCUGUAACAUUUCAGGGAACUGUCCCCUAAAGCUAACUAGCUUCAAGGCAUGCUAGUGGAUUUCACUGUUUUAUCCUGCUGUGAAAAAGGAUUCUAUAGUGAAUUUACCCUGGUAACAAAAGUAAUAGGUCUAGGCUUUCAGAUCUUCCCAUUUACUUUCCAGCUCUUGAUCCCCAGUCUUAAAUAGCCCCAAAGCUGUUUACAUUUAGCAAUUAUAUGUUGUUUUUUUCUAUGAAGACAGUGUGUACAUAGAAAUUAUGUAACCACCAAAUAUGAAAACCAGCAACUAGCUAGCAGUUAUGGAAACUUCCCCCUUGAAACCUUUGUUAUAAAAAGGCUCAGCUUUUCAGACAUCAAGUCUUAAA